GCGGCUUGUGUUCGCUGGAGUAAACACUGGCUCCUCCUUCACGGUGUGACAGGCGGACACGCUGAACGCUCGCCUCGCAUUUUCCCCUCCCGUCCACUUCUCCGACUCCCAGGCAUUUUAUCUCUGUUCUCCGGGUCCACAUGUUGAAGCCUCCCAGGUAGUGGACGUCCCCAAAGGGCUUGGAGAGCUGCUUCUCCACUUGGAAGUCCAUGUGACCAGUGGCGUCUGCCAGCGUCAUGUGACCCAUGCUACAAUGGACGUCAUGAUCGGCACACUUUGAUUGGCAUCAGCACUCAUGCAGUCACACAACACAAUGGUGCCUCUUCUGUUUUUGGUGGCAAGCACAACAACAUCCAAUUCCAGCAGCAAUGGGAACCAUACACGAGAGGGCGUCACGUCCACCAGCCAUCACGUCCUUCCCACCAUGCUGGUUCUUUCUCUGCUGCUGCUCAUCAUCACUCUGCUGGCCUGGUACUUCCUCAGGUUAAAGAAGCAGAGGAAAGCGGCGGUCACCACGGUGGACAAAAAGAUACCCAAUGGCAUCCUGGAGGAACAAGAUCAGCAGACUGUGGUCCUGCUGCCCAGAUCCGCUUCGGCCUCCAAGCACUACCCCCCCGUUGCCGUGGAGAACCUUGAGGAGGAAUACAGGCUGCGCUCGGCCGACGAUGGCAAGCUCUUUCGCGAGGAAUACAACUGUCUGCCAGGGGGGCAUGCCCACGGGACGUACGAGGAGGCCAACAAGGACAACAACAAGGACAAGAACAGAUACCCCAACAUCCUUCCCUACGAUCAUUCCAGGGUGGUGCUGACUCAGCUGGACGGAGACCCCGCCUCCUCUGACUACGUUAACGCUUCCUACAUCGACGGUUUCACACUUAAGAACAAAUUCAUAGCAGCACAAGGUCCAAAAGAGGACACGGUCGCGGAUUUCUGGAGGAUGAUUUGGGAGCAGAAAGUGGCCACCGUGGUCAUGCUGACCAACCUGAAGGAGAGGAAAGAAGACAAGUGCCAACAGUACUGGCCGGAUCAGGGCUGCUGGACGUACGGGAAUGUGCGUGUGGCGGUGGAGGACUUCACCGUCCUGGUGGAUUACACCAUACGCAAGUUCUGCAUCCAAUAUCAAUCCGCCGACGCCACCAAGACUCCACGGCUGGUGACGCAGCUCCACUUCACCAGCUGGCCCGAUUUCGGCGUUCCCUUCUCACCCAUCGGCAUGCUCAAGUUCCUGAAGAAGGUCAAGGCGGUCAAUCCGCCCUUUUGUGGGCCCAUAGUGGUCCACUGCAGCGCCGGCGUGGGGCGGACUGGGACCUUCAUCGUCAUCGACGCCAUGAUCGACAUGAUGCACGCCAAGCAAAACGUGGACGUGUUUGGCUUCGUCUCCAAGAUCCGAGAACAGCGCUCGCAGCUCAUUCAGACAGACAUGCAGUACUCGUUCAUCUACCAGGCCCUGCUGGAGUACUACCUCUACGGAGACACGGAGCUGGACGUGUCGUCCCUGGAAGGACACCUGCACAAACUGCACAACACCUUCAACAGCGGGGACCGCCUCGGCCUGGAGGAGGAGUUCAAGAAACUGACAAACAUGCGCAUCAUGAAGGAGAACAUGAGAACGGGGAACCUCCCCGCCAACAUGAAGAAGAACCGAGUUCUGCAGAUCAUUCCGUACGACUUCAACAGAGUCAUCCUGUCCAUGAGGAGGGGCCAGGAGUUCACCGACUACAUCAAUGCGUCCUUCAUAGAUGGCUACAGACAGAAAGACUACUUCAUCGCCACGCAGGGUCCUCUGUCGCACACCGUGGAGGACUUUUGGAGGAUGGUGUGGGAGUGGAAGUGUCACUCUAUUGUCAUGCUCACUGAGCUACAGGAGAGGGAGCAGGACAAGUGUUACCAGUAUUGGCCGUCGGAGGCGUCGGACGCUUACGGAGACUACAGCGUGGAGAUGAAGGGUGACGCCGUGUGCGAUGCCUUCAGUCUACGAGACUUGGUACUCACCUUUGUCCCGGAGAAGCAGACGCGAGUGAUCCGCCACUUCCACUUCCACGGCUGGCCCGAGGUGGGCAUCCCGGCCGAGGGUAGGGGCAUGAUUGACAUCAUCGCGGCGGUGCAGCGGCAGCAGCAGCAAUCUGGCAACCAUCCUAUUGUCGUACACUGCAGCGCCGGUGCUGGGCGGACCGGUACGUUCAUUGCACUGAGCAACAUCUUGGAGCGGGUCAAAGCGGAAGGCCUGCUGGACUUGUUCCAAACUGUGAAGAGUUUACGCAUGCAGAGGCCUCACAUGGUCCAGACUGUGGAGCAGUACGACUUCUGCUACCGGGUGGUACAAGACUUUGUGGACAUUUUCUCUGACUAUGCCAACUUUAAAUGAGCAUAUGUUUGCCUUACAAACAUUUCUUCUUUAUGAAUGUGUGUGUGUUCCUUUUUCAAAAUGAUCUAUUUUUUGCUAUGCAGUUGUCCUAACACGAACUAAACCUCCAUCCUGACUGUAUUAUGUAUAAAUAUGAAUACACACACAUAUACAUAUACACACACACACACACGUGCCCCCCCAGUGGAGAAGAAUUGUACAUAGAAAAAGUUAAUUUAUAUUUUGCAGUAUGUAUGAUAACGUUUUGUCAAGAAGCGUAGUGUUUUUUUCCAGUUUUGUUUCUGUAUAAUAUUGUACUUUAAAUGUCCUCCAUGUCAUAUUUUUAAAAUUCUAUAAAGGUAUUUAUGUAUGGAAAGCGACAUUGAGUAUUCGGGGAUGGUUUCCACACACAAGAGGAAUGUGUUUUUUCAUUGAAUGAACUGAUCAUUGAAAUGGUUUCUCUGGUACGUUCCUUUCACCUUACCUCACGUAGCGGCACGCAGCCGGUUAAAGGUCACUGCGGGCGUGGACCAUUGCUUGAGCGACUGCACACUGAAAAAGCACAUAAGUCAGCCUUUUACCGCCCAAAACCUGCAAUGCUCAAGAGUAUACAGUAUAUAUAUAUAUCUAUUCAUUUGUGCCAUAUCACCUACUUUUUGUUUGUUUUUAAACUUCAACAGAGGAAACAAACCAAAACAAUGUGAGACGCACGGGUUUGGUUUUAAGACCUGAAAAGCAUUUUUCCCAGUGACGUUAGGGGGUGUCUUAUUGUAAAGCUUCUACAUGUAAAAUAACCUUACAGCCACAUUAAACCAAACUUUGUGACUUAUUUCAUGGAAUUAUUCAUGAAGAAAUGUCAUUUAUUUGUGUGUGUGUGUGUGUGUGUGUGUGUGUGUGCCCAAAGUCAGUUGGGAUAGGCUCCAGCAUAUCUGCGACCCUCACGAGAAUAAGCCGCAUAGAAAAUGACUUCUGUUUAAAUGUAUUUUUUUUCCAAGUAAGACAUAAUAGGG